AGAAAAUUUAUUCCUUCACUUGCAUUUCACCAAACCUAGCUCUUUCAUUACAGAUUCUUACUUUAUCUCAUUCACGAGAAGAUGAAUUUUAGAUCGAACUGAUGCGCCUACAAAAGGCUCUUCGAGAGUGAUGGAAUUGGAAAAAAGAAGAAUAGUUGACCCACCAAUGAAGAAAAACUCAGAAAUCUCUUCAACAUUUCUGACUAUUGGGUGAAAUGAGAAUCAUUCACCAAUUCUGGCCUAAACCCAAUUGGAAUCCCUUUGUUCUUGCUCAUUGCGCCAUUUAAGAAGAACCCACAAAAUAAGAUUCAAUUUGGAGCAAUCCCAGAAGAACAGAUUUAGGGUCUGAAUGUGGGUUUUUGCGUCAAUGGGUUGUCGGUUGAUCAAUUGAUGGGCAGUAGUUUAAGACUGCUGGAGGUGGUUUCUCGAGGGAGGAGAUUCGAUGGCGCUGUUUGGGUUGUGAUUAUUUCAGGUAAUAGCGGCGACCUGAAGAAGAAGAAGAAGAAGAAGGUGUAGAGAAGACGAUGCGGCUUCAUUUUUCGCCUAGCAUGAGAAGCAUCACGGUCUCGACCAGUAAUGGGUUUAUUGACUUUAUGAAGAUUAAAGUUGCAGCUCGUCACAUUUCUUAUCGAACCCUUUUCCACACUAUUCUCGUACUUGCUUUCUUGUUGCCUUUCGUCUUCAUUCUUACUGCUGUCAUUACGCUUGAAGGUGUCAAUGACUGCUCCUCUCUGGAUUGUUUGGGCAGGACAUGGGGACCUCGCCUUCUUGGUAGGGCUGAUGCUUCAAAGCAGAGGUUGGUGAGUGACUUUUACAAGAUAUUCAACCAAGUUAGCACUGAGGAAAUACCAGAUGGUCUAAAGCUGCCAGAUUCCUUUAGUCAGUUAGUUUCAGAAAUGAAAGACAACCAUCAUGAUGCAAAAACAUUCGCUUUCAUCCUAAAGGCCAUGAUGGAGAGAUUUGAAAAGGAGAUAAGGGAGUCCAAGUAUGCAGAGCUCAUGAAUAAACACUUCGCAGCUAGUUCCAUUCCUAAAGGCAUUCAUUGUUUGUCUCUGCGUUUAACUGAUGAAUACUCAUCAAAUGUUCAUGCUCGCAAUCAACUGCCUCCUCCAGAGUUAUUACCAUUGCUCUCUGAUAAUACAUACCAACACUUUGUUUUGUCAACUGAUAACAUUUUGGCAGCUUCAGUUGUUGUCAAUUCUGCCGUCCAAUCAUCUCUCAAUCCUGAAAAGAUAGUUUUCCAUGUCAUCACCGACAAAAAAACUUAUGCAGGGAUGCACUCAUGGUUUGCCUUAAAUCCAAUCUACCCAGCUACCGUCGAAGUUAAGGGUACUCACCACUUCGACUACUUAACGAGGGACAACAUUCCAGUGCUUGAGGCUGUUGAAAACCAGGAAGGAAUCAGAAAUUACUACCAUGGCAAUCAUAUUGUAGGGACCAACCACAGCAAUACAACUCCUCGAGUAUUUGCCUCAAAAUUGCUGGUUCGAAGUCCCAAAUACAUAUCCUUACUCAAUCAUCUCCGCAUGUACAUACCUCAGCUCUUCCCCAAACUGGACAAGGUGGUCUUUUUAGAUGAUGAUGUUGUAAUUCAACGUGAUCUGUCGCCACUUUGGGAUGUUGACCUCGAGGGAAAGGUUAAUGGAGCUGUUGAAACUUGUAAAGGUGAUGAUGAGUGGGUUAUGUCAAAGCGAUUCAAGAUCUACUUCAAUUUUUCCCAUCCCCUUGUAGCAGCACAUUUAGAUCCCAAUGAAUGUGCUUGGGCAUACGGCAUGAACAUAUUUAAUCUUCGUGCCUGGAGAGAGUCAAAUAUAACAGAAACCUACCACUGGUGGCUGAGAGAGAAUCUAAAGUCUACACUGACAUUGUGGAGACUGGGUACACUACCACCUGCUUUAAUUGCAUUUAGAGGUCACAUUCAUCCAAUUGACCCCUCAUGGCACAUGCUUGGCUUGGGCUAUCAAAACAAAACAAACAUUGAGAAUGUGAAGAAAGCGGCAGUAAUACACUACAAUGGCCAAUCUAAACCAUGGCUGCAGAUUGGCUUUGAGCAUCUCCGGCCAUUUUGGACCAAGUAUGUCAACUAUUCUAAUGAUUUCAUCAGGAAUUGCCACAUUCUAGAGUCAUAAUUCACAAAGUCUAGGAGGUAAAAGGUAGAGAGAUGAUUCGAUAACGAAGUGAACUAUAUAGGAGGUAAAAGGUAGAGAGAUGAUGCGAUAAUGAAGCGACCUAUGUUACUCUGGAACUGUUAGGUUCUCAGCUUAAGAAAUUCGGAGUUUUGCAUACCUGACACAGUUUUAGGUCAAGUUAUGGCACGGUAUGCCCUGUGUCCUGACUGAGACCAUUGUGUUUGCACAAGCAUGGGAUUCUCUCAUUAAUGUGUAAUGUAGCAAUUCACUUGGUCUUAGUUGCUGAGCAGUCUGGUAUUAUUAGUUCUUCAUGCAGGGAUACAGCCUCGGUUCUCAAGAGUAUAUUUUGGAAUAUAGCAGAACACAUACAAUACCGAACGUCUCGUCACAUAGCUGUUAUCUAUCGAGGCACGAAUGAGGCUAGGACAGGUCCAUCAGUGAGUGCUUCUCCAUAUGGUUGGUCACCAAACAAUAAUCAUCUGCCCUUCAUCUUUUAUAUUUCAUAGUACCACAUUUUCUGCUUUGUAUUUGAUAAUAUAUGAUGACUUUGAGGACAAGGCCUGGCAGCUAUUGGUUCAUUGGAUUGAAGAAUUCUUUAUCGAUGGUUCUGUUUUAUUUAGAUUCGUUCUGUACUAGAUAUAUUUUUAACAAUGUGAAGAAAAAUUUUUCCAUUCAGUCACAUCUACCAUUAUCAUCAUUUGGAAAAGUUGAAACCAAAGGAUGGCAUUGUUUUUUUUUUUUUUUUUGGUACCUAAUGUAAUCAAGUUCUCAUUGUCAAAA